GUGAUGUCAGCGGCAAUUUUAGUUUUUUUUAGAAGCCGGUGUGAUUCAGACCGCAGUGUGUGUCGUGCGCGCUCGCGUCCCAUUCGCUCAAACACGCGUACGCGUCAAGCGUCUAUCCGUACGUCGUUUCCGGUCGUUUUGAACGGUGCAUCUGGUUUUUAACAAUCCUACACUACCCUCGGUCAACAUCAGCAGAACGUCGAUCGAGAAUCUAGCUGCGAGAUUACCGUGGAUCAAAUGUGCGUGGGGCAACUCGGUGCCCGCCAAUGCAAGGGUCAAGAUCACUUUCUCUUUCACCGAUUUGAAGACAUCCGCAGCGAGCAAACCACACCGUGAACCGUGAAAGAAGCCACUGAAUGGCUGCACGCAGACGAUCUCCAAAAUCCGAACCCGAAGUGCUUACUAUCAAACUGUUGUUGUGUGCUGCCAAUCAAUGCAAGUGCAAGUGCAAAUCCAACGCAAGUGUGUGAGUGCAAAAGGUGUGAACCAAUGCUGUUGAUGAAAUAAUCACGCCUGUGCAGGAGAUUGUGUUACGCGUACCGAAAGUGCAGCAGCUCAGCUGUCCUCCAUUUUUGACGAACCUGGUUGGACGCGACACAAUGGCCAAUCAAUUGUGGUAGCCAUAUUUUUUUGGGUGCAGUUUUGGUAGUGCGAAAUGUUACCACCAGCAGCAGUUGUGUGGCUCUUCCCGUUAGUGUUCCGUAGUGGUUCUUCUUCCGACCGUGAGUUCUUGUAGGUGAAUUUCAAAGUAGUUAAAAAAAUAUUCAAACUUCUACAAAGUAGUUACCGAAACAGUUUCUGUUCGCUGUGCACGUUUCGAACGCAAUGGCUACUAGGGUGCAAUAAAUUCCUCAACAAUUGUUUGCAUGUUCGGUGGCACAAAGUGUCUGUGUAAGAUGGUCCCGUAGGGCAGAUGAAACCCGCGUAAAGAGUUAAAUAUACAUGUGGGAAGCAUUGGAGAUAGCUGGAAAACCCAUGCAGUGAGCAAAAUAAGUUGGCAAGAUCGUGAUCAUUUUGAUUCCAACUCAAAUAUGUACGUGUGUGCGUGAGUAUGAAUGGGUUGGUUAGUUCCCGAUCGAGUGAGUUUGUGCCAUACAUCAGCUAAAGUUGAGUCUAAAUCCCUACCACGGGUGCGGAUCGUGAGCGGAGGUACAAACGAAAGAUUUAACACAUUUGUGAAGUGUUGUUCAGAAGCGAAAACCUAAACCAAGAAAAUAAAAGAAGAAGAAAAAAGGUAUUGUUAAGCCAAUACUGCACAAAACGAGCGGAAGUGCGAGAAAAGUGGUGGCGUUGCAAGUGGAAAAGUUUUUUGUUUCCCUUCCAAUUUUUGUUCUGUGAAAAUCAAGAAGCAUACGAUUCACGUUUUUUUCUUUCGUGUGGGUUUUGUGUGUGUGAUUGUCUCUGAUACGCGAGUUUGUGUACGAGUUUAACACGUUUACAGCGCAGUAGAUGUAAACACAGAAUAGGGCACUAGCGUCAGCAUGUUGAUGAUGGUUGUGGUGUGAAGAAAAAAGCGAGAAAAAUCGAAGGCAAAAGAAGUGAAAACCCGAAACCAAAGAAGCAUGAGUGCGUUAUAUUAAUGGUUGAAUAAUUCGUUUCCAAAUUCGUGUGUCGUGUCGUGUACCAAGCGUUUUUUUGGGCAAAACCUCUGGAAGAGUUGAGAAGUUAAAAAAAAGGCUGUUGUUCUUGGUGAAGUGUGAGCCAGCAAGUGUUUUAAUUAUUCUGUGUCAGUGUUUCAUAGAGGGAAGGGUUUGUGUUGGCAGAGCUCGGAGACCGGGCGACCCGCGCUUGUGUCGAUGUGUUGCUAGAGCUCGGUAGGUGUUGUUAGCUCGAUACUGAUUUGCUGCAGAUUUGAUACGACCGAUUUUCACGGAACGGCCCCAACGAUGGAUAUACUGCCGAGCGGGAGCAUUUUCCGGGAGCUGCAGAUCAUCCACGAAACUGGAUGCUUCUCGUCCGAGUCGUCCUUCGAGGAUCAAUGGCAACAGACAUGCUACGAAAUGGAACGAUACCUGAAGGAUGAGCCGAAGCUGCAGAAAUACAAGAAGCUGCCGACCGACACACCCUGGGACCUGUUCGCCGCACCCGGGCCCCUAUCCGGCUCGUGGAAGGUCGAGGUCGAACCGUACUGCUUCGACGAGCUCAACCUGAACGACCGGGCGUCCGAUUCGCGGUCCGAAUCGUCAUCCUCCUCCUCCUCGUCCUCCUGCUUCUCGUCCGACGGGCCACCCGGCUCGAACGGAGCGACGAACGGCUGGCAGGUCGGUGGCGCCAGCCUACUCAGCUGCGCCGUCAUGGUGAAGAAGGAACCGAUCGACGACCCGGACGAUGAUCCCGAGUCGGACAGCCAGGACGAGCGUAGCGACAAGUACAGCAACCGCAUCAAUCCCACCACGGAACUAGCGAACCGGAGUAGCAGCAGCAGUAGUAACAGCAGCAGUAGUAGUAAUAAUAGUAGCAGUAACCACCAUCACCAUCAUCAUCACAGCAGUAGUGGCAGUGGCAGCAGCAGCAAUCACCACACCAGUCUUCAUCACGGUCACCAUCGGCAGGCGAUCGAGCUGCGGCUUGUCGCGCGAACGACGAGCAGCAACGAUCUGCUACCGACACUGACGCCCCCCUCCUCACCGGAGUCACACCUCAGCAAGGACAACUCGAACACCUCCAGCACGGCGACGGCCAACCCCACCACCACCACCACCACCACCACCACCACCAAUGGCAGCAGUUUAGCCGGCUCGAACGGGCUCACCUCGAUCAAGAAGGAACCGGCGGGCGAAAUUGCGCUGCUCGAUCGUCAGGGCGGGCAGAUAUUGCGCGUAUCGGCGGGCCCGCACGUGGUCCGGCUGACGGCGGGGGUGGCCGGUGCGAACGGCAAGAAUGUGGUGACGGGCGUGACGCGCGUGAUACAGGUCAGCCCCGGGCUGCAUGCGGCCAUCGCGCAGCGUAACUCAUCUGCCUCACCGAACGCGUCAGCACAACCGAGCUCGAAACAUCACCACCGACAGCAGGACCACAGUCCGGACGCGAAACGAAGGAUACACAAGUGUCAAUUUCUCGGCUGCAAAAAGGUCUACACGAAAAGCUCCCAUCUGAAGGCGCACCAGCGAACGCAUACAGGAGAAAAGCCGUACAAGUGUUCGUGGGAGGGUUGUGAGUGGCGCUUCGCCCGUAGCGACGAGCUGACGCGCCACUACCGGAAGCACACCGGCGCCAAACCCUUCAAGUGCCGGCACUGCGAUCGUUGCUUUUCCCGCUCCGAUCAUCUUGCGUUGCACAUGAAACGGCACGCCUAAGGCAUUCGUCUCCAAAACCUUCCACUGCCGUUCGCUCCCGCGAGCAGCACGACGGCUCCAGCAGGCGAAGACACAACGAGCAAGAGAGCUUUACACCAACGCAGAAGCGCACGGUAGGAGACAGGCAGGAGAGGAGAGCUUUUAAAAGCACCCCGAAUUGGAAACAAACGUGUGACGAUAGGCAAAACUAAACUGUGAAUAGUAAAUGUAGAAAAUCGAAACUGGGAAAACAAUGAACACACUAAUCACCA